AUGCAUUUAAGCAAUCUUUUGUCAUUGAUGAUCACAUCAAAAACGAGAAAAGGAGGAAAUCUAUCGACUUUUUGGUUUCUGCCAUUUCUCCUUCUUUUAUCGCUGAAUGCUUGCCAAGCUGAGGAGGAAACGGAAGAAGUGUACAAUCCUCUGGAAUCAUUGGAAGCACAUGGAGGGAUCUUCAGAGAACUCCCAUGGACAAAAGAAGAGCUCCGAAUGAUCAGCUCACUACAUGCAACAACUGAAUACGGUCGAUUAAUGACAUUGAUCAAGGAAAAACUGAUCGAAGCAGCCGAUGAGUUGAGGCCGGAGACGAGACACAAAAUCGAGAAAUUCUUGAAGACAAGCCGGCCGCCAUCAGUCAUGAGACAUUUCUUGACUGAACGAGAAAGAAAGCAGGUUCGUCAACUACACGCAAAUCACAACAUCGGCGAAGUGUUGGUAAUCUAUGGAGAAGCUCUCGAAAGAUUGCCCGUUCCAUUCAAAAACGAAGCCAUUCGAUACUUGGAUCUACCAAAUUCCCCCAAAAUUCUUCCA